CUGCGCCAUCCUAGCCCGCAGUCUUGCUCGCCCAGCUUCGCCCUCGCUGCAGCUCCUCUUUCUCGCGCACCCUCGCACAGCGGUCGAGGAGCGCGGCUAGCGCGCGCCGCACCUGCCCGAUUGGGCCGGGCGCCCCUAUCCGCGCCGCCGCCUGACGAGGCGCAUCCCUCCGCCGUGCGCGCUGCGUCGUCGCCUCGCCCGUCCCUCCGCGCCCUCGCCUCCGCACAAGCCACACCCAUACACCCAGCGUCGCCCCGGGAGCGUACCCACGCAGCGUCGCCUUGGCGGCAGUGUGCGCUCGCCGUCCCCUGCAGCCGCGCUUCGCACGCCGCCUCGCACCUCUCUCUCUCUCCUCUCCACAUCCACCUCCAUCACUAGACUCCCACCUCUGCUCUUCUCGCCGCUCGGCCGCAGCCCAUGGCGGCGACUCUGCCGCAGCAGGUGCCCGGGCCGGGCCCCACGGCGCAGCAGCUGCCCUCCUGGCUCUCCUACGCGCCCGUCGAGACGGCCGUGCAGAGCUACGUGAGCAGCAUCACGCGCAUCCUCUACUAUCCCGACGGCAGCGCGCCGCCGUUCCAGAGUGUGGAAGUGCAGGCGGGUGUGGCGACGAGCGUGCGCUACCAGGUCGUCCAGCGGCCCGUCCUCUACACCGGGCCCUUUCCCGCGCCGCCGCUCGGCACGCUCUACACCACCGAGGGCCAGACGGCCUUCCCGACGGUGGACGGCACGCAGCCGCCGUUUCCCACCGGCGCAGCGUCGAGCUCCGCCGUGGCUUCGCAGCCGAGCGCCGCGCCAUCCUCGCAGCCCACCGCGGCACAGCCGAGCUCGCCAGCAUCCAGCGCCGCGAGCGCAUCCAGUGCAGCAAGCGCUUCCAGCGCAGCAAGUGCCUCGAGUGCAGCCAGCGCUGCAAGCGCCGCCUCGCAGUCGGCUGCCUCUCUCUCAUCAGUGGCGGCUGCGUCAUCCGCGUCAGCCGCCUCAGCCUCGGACUCCGCUGCUGCGUCCUCGGCGAGUGCCGCAAGCUCGUCCGCAAGCGCCUCAUCUGCCGCUGCAGCGUCUUCUUCCAGAGCGGCCGCGUCUCCUACAGGCUCGCAAGCGCCGGGCACUGCCACCUCCAGCGAUACCGGUCUCUCCGGCGGGCAGAUCGCAGGCAUCGUGAUCGGCGCCUUGAUAGGCCUGCUGCUGCUGCUCUUGCUGCUGCUCUGCUGUCGGCGCAGGCGGCGAGCUGCCAAUGGAGGAGCAGGCGCGACCGGUGCCGGUGGCAGCGACAAGUACUCUGCUGGCUUCUCGCGCGGCGGCCGGCUGGGCACGUAUGCGGCCAUCGGAGGGGCAGGUGCGGCAGGCGCAGGUGCGGCAGGCGCGGGCGCGGCAGCGGCGGGUGGGCGGCCACGCAGUGUGGGGACCGACGAGUGGGAGGAGGACCAGCUGCAGGACGGCAACGGCAGUGGCUUCUUCGUCGUCGGCGGCAAGGGCGGCGAGCGGCCGGCGUCGAACAUCUCCAGCGACACGCAUGCGCAGUACGGCGGCGGGCGCUCGCGCAGCGCGUUCAGUGCGCUCGGCCUCGGCGCUGCCGGCGGCAUGGUCGCAGCUGCCAUCGGGCGGCGCACGUCGGGGCACAAGCAGCUGGGCCAGACGGACGAUCACGACGCAUCCGACGACGAGACCGAUGACGCGCAGGGCGAGAGCCGUGGGCUGAUGGACUUUGCCGACGGCGAGCCGGGCGAGCAGGACAUGGCGCAGGCUGGGCCGAGCGGCUGGGGCUCCAUCGGCCGUGGCUCGCGCCUCGACUGGGGCAUGGCCGGCGGCGCAGCUGCUGCAGCUGGCGGAGCAGGUGCAUACGCCGCGGCGCGCAGAGGCGAGCACGACGACGAGGACGACAUCUCCAACACUGCGAUGGCAGGGCAAGACAUGGGCAGCCCGAGCAUCACUCGCCACGGCAUGACGCCCAGCACGUCUGCUGCCUCCUCCGCCGGCGGUGUGGCUGCAUGGAGCGGCCCAGCCGCAGCUGCAGGCGCUGCGGGUGGCUACGCUGCGGGCUCGCACUCGGGCUCGCGCUCGCGCAGCGGCGUCGAGAGCCACAGCGGCAGCGGCAGCGGCGGCAACACUUCGAGCGGCAGUCGUGGGCAAGGCGCAAGCAGCAACUCGACGGGCGGGCACACGGCAUUCGGCGCCUCUCCAGCAGCGGGAAGCGGCAGCCCAAGUCUGCUGCCUCCGCCGCGCCCGCGUCGACCGCCAGGCCCAGUCUACGACUUCAACAACCUCGCGCCGUCGGGCAGUCCCAGCCAUCCUCGCAUUCCGUCCUUCACCGGCGGCUUUGGCGAGGGUGGCCUGGGCAUCGAUCCUGCUGAUCCUCGACGCAGCACGGAGAGCGGAGGCAGUGGUGCCUCCGGUCUCGGCGUCUUUGGAGCUGCUGCUGCCGGCGCAGGGCUCGGAGCCAUGGCCGCAGGCCACCGUGACAGCGGCGGCAGCACGUACUCGCGCGGCGCCUAUCCCGAAGGUGGCUCUUCCGAGUCGCUCCAGCGCGCAGAUGGCGCAGACCCGCGGCACAGUCGUUUCAUCAGCAGCGGCACUCAUCUGCUCGGCCCAGGUGCGCUUGCAGCAGACCCGUUCGCAAGCCAGCACGACGCAGCCGCGCAGCGCGAGGCGGACCAGGCCAGUGCCUCUCUACAGCCUGGAGCGCCCAGCGUGGGCUUCGCCGCAGGCAAUCGCCUUUCGACCAUCCGCUCCGUCGGCGAGUUCGGCGAGCGCAGCGAGAGAGGUUCAGCCAUCGGCUCCAUCGGCUCGGGCCAGUUUCCUUCUGUCUCGACCGGCUCAGGCUCCGGCAGCGGACGAAGCGGCAACCGACCGCCGACGUCUCAGUCCGCCUACGCCACGCCUCUCUCAGCCGCUGUCGAGGAGCCACAGUCUUCCACGUACUUCGACGCCAACGCCAGCGGUGCCUCGUCCGCGCGUGCCUUCUCUGAGCCGGGAGAGCGAGGCAGCAUCCCUGCUGUCGCGCCCAUCGAUGCCGCUGCUGCGCCAGUGCACACGCCAGCGCCCACAGGCUGGACGUGCACAAUUGACGAGGACAACGAGACGGGGCCGUUCAGUGACCGCGAAGGCGCGCCGCGCGACCUAGUCGACAUUCCGGACGAGUCGAGCUCCAUGGGCCACCAUGCGGCCACGGGAGCCGCAGCUGCAGCCGGCCUCUUCGGCGGCUUGGCCUCUGGCUGGAAGCGGCUGACUUCCGGCCAGCCGCUCGAAAGUCCCUCCUCUGCUAGAGAUGCGCAGCUCGGCGACCGCGCGGAGGACUACGUCGCACCGGUCACGCACUCGGCGCGCCGCGAUCCUGCACAGACGUCGGACCCGGGUCUGGCUGCAGACGUGCAGAGCCUGCAUGCCUCGGUGCAUCAGAGCCACGGACAGCAACGCAGCGGACAGCACUCGUCUCGCGAGGCCUCUGGCAACUCGGGCGACGUGUCCGGCUCUGGCAACUCGAGCCGCUCGCGUCAGCUGGCUGCAGGUGCAGCAGGCAGUCAGCACACGGCCGGCAGCUUGCACUCCAGCGAGCGCUCCGGCGGCACGGACGGCUACAGCGCCAGCAUCUCCGGCGGCUCUGGCAACACCAGCUCGCGCGGUCGACACGGCCCCAUGGGCUCGCGCCGCUCGAACAUCACCACCAGCACGGGCAUCGACAGCCUGAGCAACCGCACGCACGUUACGUCUAGCGAUCCCAACUCCAGCCGCUCAGGCACGCGCAGCGGCGGCUCGAGCGGCCGUGCCGGUGGCGCAAGCGAAGGCGGCGCCAGCUCCGGUGCAGCGAGCUAUGCUCCGAGCUACCUUGGGCGCGGCAGCACCGUGAGCACACGCGGUGGCGCCAGCAGCAGCGGCGCCGCGCACCGCGCCGUCUCGGCGCCCGUGUCGGACAUCUACGAGGACUCGCCGACGCUCGGCACCGAGGACGAGCCAUGGAUCUCGGACGGGCAGAGCAGCCGUGCCACCGCUGGCGAGAGCAGCAUGGGCGGCCGCAACGGCGGCGCAAAGCGCCCUCGUAGCGAGUCGUACGAUGGCCAUGCAGCCGCGGCCGCUGCCGGUUCCUCUCGUCCGCUGGACGCAGUGGCGGAGGGCAGCACGGAGCACGCCGGCCCGUACGAGGACCUGUAUGGUCACUAUCCGAGCGCAUCGCUCGGCGCAGCCGCGAUGCGCCAGGCCUACCGCGAGGCCGGCCAGACGCCGCCGACGAGCCAGAUGAGCCUCGCUCAGUCUCCCUCCUCCGACGUCGGCCGCACACCGCGUGCACUUCCGCGCAGCCUCGUGCCCGGCUCCACCGCGCCCGCUGCACCCGGCCUCACUGCAUCCAGCAGCCUGCCGCCCAGCCUCAGCGCCGCCUCGGGCUCGACAUGGCGCGAGUCGCCGCGCGUCGCCAGCGCCAGCAUGCGCGCCAGCGAGGCAGCCGCCUAUCUUGAGGCAUCGCGCUCCGGCGUCUUCCCGGGCGCUCAGCCCGACCUGGGCGCACAGCAACAACAGGCCACCAACUCGCCCUUGGCCGCUUCAACGGCCUCGCCGCGACGCAGCCGGCUUAGAGACGCAGAGCAGGGCCCAGAGUCGGACGAUGCGCGCGACGACGACCCGUCCGACGACGGACGGCGCGGCAACUGGCCUCGCUUCCUGCGCUUCUGAGCCUACCACUUUACGACCUUCUCUCUUCGCACUGCAAACAUCAAAAGCACCCCCCCCCCCCUUGUCUUCCACUCUAACGACCCCCUAACGACUGCAUCCCUUUCCGC